GGUCUAACGAGUGUCACAAAUAAUCUGCCGUUCUUUCUCGUGGGGUCAAAAUUCCAACUUUCAUAUUUUCAGUGAAUUGUCCCUAAAUUACACCAUGGCAUUCGCAACUAGUGCAUUGGUAAGAUCAUUGAGCACAUCAGCAUCACGCCAAGCAGCCAUAAAGCAUGUAACUGUCAUUGGAGGAGGUUUGAUGGGAACCGGAAUCACACAGGUGGCAGCACAGAGUGGACACAACGUAACCAUGUGUGAUGUGUCUGAUGAUAUUGUGCAGAAAGGCCUGGCUAGAAUUCAAGACAGUCUAAAACGAGUAGUAAAGAAGAAAUACAAGGAUGAUCCAACUGCUGGACAGAAGUUCUUUGACAGUACUAUGGAGAACAUUAGAAUUGACACAAAUGUUGAACGAGUUGCUGCAAGCACUGAUCUCGUCAUUGAGGCUAUUAUAGAAAACCUUGACAUCAAGCAGAAACUGUUUAGCUCUCUAGAUAAAGUAGCACCACAACAUACAAUAUUUGCCAGUAACACAUCAUCAUUGCCCAUCAAAGACAUAGCUUCAACCUGUGAACGUCAGGACAGAUUCGGUGGCCUGCAUUUCUUCAACCCAGUACCUGUGAUGAAGCUUGUAGAGGUUGUACGAUUUGGUGCUACAAGCAAUGAGACAUUCCAAAGUUUAACAGACUUUGGCCAAGCUGUAGGCAAGACAACAGUCAGUUGUAAGGAUACUCCAGGGUUCAUAGUUAACCGCCUUCUCGUGCCCUAUAUGAUGGAAGCCGUGCGUAUGCUAGAAAGAGGUGAUGCAAGUGCUAAAGACAUCGACGUUGCUAUGAAAUUAGGGGCAGGAUAUCCCAUGGGUCCAUUUGAACUUACAGAUUAUGUUGGCAUUGAUACUUGUAAAUUUAUAAUGGAUGGAUGGCAUGAGCUUGACCCCGACCAGCCACUCUUCAAGCCCAGUGAGCUGGUGAACAAACUGGUCGCAGAGGGAAAACUUGGAAUGAAAUCUGGAGAGGGAUUCUAUAGUUAUAAGAAAUAAAUCAACCUGAUAGGACUGACACAGAAUGGACUGUACAAUGCAAUAAAAGUGUUAAGUUUUCAGAGAUUGGACUAUGCAAUUGGGUUAGAUAUAAGUUAUCUCAAAUACACUUACAGAAAUACAGUUAUCUGAUACCGGUACUAUUUAUUUAAAUAAUUAUGAUUAAAUGAUGAACACAAUGCAUGUAAAUUCCUUCAAUUCAAGUUUAUUAUCAGUAUUAUUGUACCUGUUGCUAUAUCCACAACACUAUACCAUGUUUCCAUGGUAAUAUUGUAUGUACAUGUAGGACAUGCCUUGUACUUGUAAAUAUUGACAAACCAAAAAUAAUUGUAUUUUGUAAUAAAUUGCAAAGGUUAUAUUGAAAAUAAAAUUUAAAAUGAUGAAUCACUAUUA